AGCACAUUUCGAGCUGGGGGUCGACUGCAUCUGGGGGGGUGAUUGCUUUUUUCUGCCAGAUUUUUCUAUUUUAUUUUGUAUUUUCUUAUUUAAAAAAAAUACUUUACAGUUGAAUUUCAUUUCCCUGUGAUUUGAUUCCAUAUCAAAGAUUUGCCUUAAGAUCAUGAACAAACUAUAUGUGGGGAAUUUGAGUCCUUUGGUCACUGUCGAGGACUUGAAGCAGCUCUUUGGCGAGAAGAAGCUUCCUGGGGCCGGGCAGGUUCUGCUCAAAUCCGGCUAUGCUUUUGUGGACUUCCCCGACCAAAACUGGGCCAUAAAAGCUAUUGAGACACUCUCUGGGAAAGUUGAAUUACAUGGGAAGGUGCUUGAGGUAGACUACUCUGUUCCCAAAAAGCUAAGGAGUCGGAAGAUCCAGAUCAGGAACAUUCCGUCUCAUCUACAGUGGGAGGUGAGUCAGUCAGUCAGUCAGUCAGUCAGUCAGUGCCUGGUGUUAUAGUCUUUGGGGUUUUGUUCGGUUUCGUUUUGGAUUUCAAUUUUGAGGUUGGUUCUGUUUGGGUGUGGCUUUGCCCUGAUUGGAAUCAUCCUCGUUUUUGGUCAGGAUAUGUAGGACCUGUCGCCUCGUUAGUUAGUCUUUUGUUUCAGCUGUGCUGGCCCAGAGCGGCUGGCCCUGGGGUCCAGGGGCCAUGAGAGUUUCAGCUGUGCUGGCCCAGAGCGGCUGGCCCUGGGGUCCAGGG